UUGGCUGCGGGCGCCACAGCCGAAGCCUUGGAGUGGAUGGCUAUGUUACUUAGCUGGCGUUUUAGGGUCUAAUUGCGAGCGUUUGAGUGUUUUUACGUUAGCUGUUGCUUCCACAGCCUACGAAACGCAGGUUAGUAAACGCGCAGGCUGGAGUUUGAAGAGUUUCCGCAGCUGCUGUGGGAGCAGUUCUCAGCCUGUGGCUAAAGGCUAACCCGCUAGCCUCGUAGGGCUGCUAAUAUAGGACUGCUGCUAAAGGCUAAAACCAUUAGCGCUGGGGUUCCUCCGUCUGGGUUUGAUGCUGGUUGGAUUUGAUUGAAGAAUGGCCUCGAAACAAAAAGGGUCUUUCAGGACUUCCAGACAUUAAGAAAAGGGGACCCAGGAGAGGCUGAAUCCAUCACUGCGAGAUGUGACAGGAUGCUGAACCAUCACUGCAGAAGGAACCCGGAGCUACAGGAGGAGCUGCAGAUCCAGGCGGCGGUGGCGGCCGGCGAUGUCUACACCGUGCGCAAGAUGCUGGAGCAGGGCUACUCGCCCAAGAUCAGAGACGCCAACGGCUGGACCCUGCUCCACUUCUCUGCCGCCAAGGGCAAGGAGCGCUGCGUCCGCGUCUUUCUCGAGCAUGGAGCCGACCCCACGGUGAAGGAUUUCAUCGGCGGUUUCACAGCCCUGCACUACGCCGCCAUGCACGGCCGCGCCCGCAUCGCACGCCUCAUGCUGGAGUCUGAGCACCGUGGUGACAUCAUCAACGCCAAGAGCAACGAUGGCUGGACGCCGCUGCACGUAGCAGCCCACUACGGCCGCGACUCAUUUGUGCGCUUGCUCCUGGAGUUCAAGGCCGAGGUGGACCCACUAAGCGAUAAGGGCACAACGCCUCUGCAGCUGGCCAUCAUCCGCGAGCGCUCCAGCUGCGUGCGCAUCCUGCUGGACCACAACGCCAACAUCGACAUCCAGAACGGCUUCCUGCUGCGCUACGCUGUCAUCAAGGGCAACCACUCGUAUUGCCGCAUGUUUCUGCAGCGAGGCGCCGACACCAACCUGGGCCGGCUAGAGGAUGGUCAGACGCCGCUGCACCUCUCGGCUCUCCGGGACGACGUGCUGUGCGCUCAGAUGCUCUACACGUAUGGCGCUGACACCAACACGCGCAACUACGAGGGCCAGACCCCUGUGGCCGUCUCGGUCAGCAUGUCCGGCAUCAGCCGGCCCUGCUUGGACUUCCUGCAGGAGGUUACACGGCAACCCAGGACUUUGCAGGAUUUGUGCCGGAUAAAGAUUCGUCAGUGCAUAGGACUUCAAAGCUUAAAGUUUCUGGAGGAUCUGCCGAUUGCCAGAGUCAUGAAGGACUACUUAAAACACAAGUUUGACAAUGUCUGACAGAGGCCUUAAAACCUCUGGGCACAAGCGCAGGAACUGUUUUUCUCUAGAAAAGACUAUGCAAACUCUCGUUCUCCUUUCUAUUCUCAACCUCUGGCUGCAGAUUGUUUUAUACAACCAUGUAGGCAUGUAUUUCUAUAAUUAAUAAUGGCUUUUGACUUUGGGAGAAUUGGAGGUUGUUGUUCAUUAAUUCAAGCCCUUGUUACGGAUAUUGACCUCCUCUUUUAAUUAUUGAUCUUCAAAAGGUAAAAAAAAAAAAAAGAAAAGAAAAAAUGCUGAAAUCUUUCAUUUGGAUUGAUUGUGCUUUUCCUAUUUUCCUAUUCCCGUUUGAAGUGUUCCGUCAUUAAAAACUGGUGACAGGUUUUUUUUCCCCCUCACUCUCUGCAAUUAAGAUUCAGAAGGUUGCAAACACCAUGAAACAACAGUUGCAUUAAGUAGUGGACAUUUGCCCCAAGAAAACAGGCACAGAGGCAUUGAUUUUAUUGUUGUUGAUCAUUUAUAGUAUUUUGGAAACGCACUCAGCAGCAGUUUAAGUGUAACCAGGUUUAUCAGAACUAAUACAAAUUAGUGACAUUUUGACAGCCUGAAUAUAUACAGUACUGUUCAAAUAGCUUAGAAAAUAGAUAUAAAGUGUUUUAUCUGGGCAGUAAGCAUUUAUUUGUUUUAAAAAAAUGACAUUAGAUUUAAUACAAAUAAAUUAUUUAUAAGCAGUACAGUGGUUUUAUAUGUUUUAUCCCAAAGAACUUCUCGAAGAAGUUUCGUACUUACAGUUCAGAUAUCUAGUUUAUCUAUUCGACCCUUCAUUAUAUUAAAUCUGCAGCAAAAAUAACUUUUUAAAAGCAUAACCUAAUGUUUUAUUCUGGUUAUAUUUAUUUGUAUAUUUUCUAAUGUUUCCUGGACCCACACUUGGCUUAAUCUGAGACUAAUAAGACUUAAUGGUACAUCGCCACUGACAUUUAUAAUUUAAUGUUAAUAAAUGCUAAUGCUAUUCUUUUUGGGACCUACAAGGGAAGUUUAUCAUUUUGGCAUGUGACUAUGUCCCGUCUGGGGCCUGGGGCAGUGGGGGGAGGGCAGUUUAAGUGUCUUGCCCAAGGCAAUAUCCAGGACUAGCCAGUGAUUGCUGGGAUUUUGAACCCACAACCUUCUGCUUCCCGGCUCACUCUGUUAAUCCUAAACAUGGCUUGUACAGGCAGAAACACACUUACUGCUCAGAUAUAGUUUUAAACACUUGUCUCUGCUGACGUUUGCACUCUACUGUAUAUUUUUUCCAUAAAUCUCAUUGCGUUUUGCCGUCAAAUCAAGAGUUCUCAUAAUUUGCCAUGUUUUGUUUUCCCAGAUCCAUAUGGCGAGUAGCGAGUGGUGCUAGUGUUUGCGACGGGUUUCCCACGAGAAGUCCCCUUUUCAAGUUCUCACCUUUUUGAUUUUUCUUCAUAAGUAAGCAUGUAUGAACAUACAUAAACCAACAAGGACUACACUAUGUAUAUAAUUGUGUCAUAUGUACAGCGAAUAUUUUUCUAGAAUUAUUUAAGCUAUGAACUCUUGUAUCAAAGUGUUUAGGAUUUUGUCGAAUGGUCUUGUUGCUUCGUUUUUUCUUUCCUUUUCAUUCUUAAAUAUCUGGUUGAAACCAGGGUGAAGAAUCUACAAAUGGAAUCAGCAGAUAGUGACCAGUGACCAUUUUCCCCCUUAGAUUUAGCUUUUGGAGUGCAGGACGUGAACACUUACUGCUUAAGGCCCACAGCAUUAAGUUGUGCCUUCACAUGGGUCGAAGGGUUUAGUAACUGCUCAAAAAGGUGCACAUGUUUUUUGUUUUUGCUUCACUUCUUUUUAAAUUAUAAUUCAAGUCGGCUAGCUUUAGUUUUCUCGGCGCCGCAGUAAUCUUAUCGAGCUAAUGUUCUGUAGCUUUUUGUCUUUAACUGUGUUUUAAAAACAGAAUUUUGCCUUGUUUUCUCACCUAUGUGGAGGAUGGACGGAUGAGUGUGCACGUAUGCGCGACCGGGUUGGUUUUUCAGCCUUGUAAUAUUAACGACCACUUAUUUUGUUGAAUGUUGAGCAUUGCGUUCACUCGGUUUUGCCCACCAGUUUGAAAUAACACUAGCUGCCUUUCACUGCCACCGCUGUUGCUGAAGCAGUAGCCAUUCAGUACAGCAGGAAAACAGUCUGAAGAAUCUCUAUAUGGAAUCGUAUAUCGACGCGUGCAUUCAGGGUUUUUUUUAACAGCAAGUUUGGGCUCUUUUUGACUUCUACAGCGUUUUGUCUGCGUUUAUGUUUACAGUGCGUUUGUGAGAGUGUCUGGAAGUACACGUAAAUGCUUUUUACCAAAAUGUAUUUUAUUUCCGAGCUCCAGAGAGCUUUUUUUUUUCUUCCUUUUCUUUUCCAGAAAGCGCUUAAGCUGGGUUCAGCCGGAUCCCCUCUUAAGUAAUCUCAAGUCUUCCGCACCAUUCGCCACAACUACUGAAUGUACAUAAACUGCUGUUUGCCUAGUUCGAAAAUGUAUACGUGUGAAUAAAUGAAUAUCAUAAUGUC